GGCACUGAUGGGUGACACUGAAAGGCAGCUCAGAUGGGCACUGAUAUGUGGCAUUGAUGUGCACUGUUAGGCACUGAUAUGUGGCAUUGAUGUGGCACUGAUGGGCACUGGAACAUCGCACAGAUGUGCACUGACAGCUGGCACUGAUGGACACUGACAGGUGGCACUGCUGGGGUUACACUGAUCAUCAGGGCACACUGAUCAUCAGUGCUCUGAUGCGGCUCUCCUCUCGAGCUGUCAGCGUGACAGCU